AUGUCUGGUUAUCAGGCAUACUCUGGAGCCCCGUCUUACGGUGCACCCAACCAGCAACCUUACUCGGCUCCUGCACCCUACUCGCCUGCCCCGCAGCAGUCGCCCUACGGUCAGCCACCGCCGUCACCCUACGCCCAGCAGCAGUACGGCGGGCAACAGGCCUACAACAGACCUCCACCACCCCCUCCGGCGUCCACGAGACCCGGUGGUGGCUUCUCGCCUGCUCCAUACGGUCAAGGUCCACCGUCGCAACCCGGUUACGGGCAGCAACCACCCAACCCGUAUGGACAGCCUCCACCACCGAAUCCCUAUGGACAGCCCCAGCAGCCGAGUCCCUAUGGACAACCCCCGCAACCUUCAUACAACCAAGGACCUGGAUUCGGAUAUCCCCCGCAACAGUAUGGCUCUCCGGCUCCAGGACAGGCGCCCUACGGCGCUCCUCCUGGCGGUGCUCCUCCCGGACAGGCCGGCCCCGCUCAGAUCCAGGCCUUCAAGCAGACCCUCAUAGCUGCCAUUCAAGAGAACCACCUCCAGAACUUCUACCCUCCCAACUCUCCUGUUCUGGACCAGAUCGCCCAACGCGCUUCCGCCCAGAUCCCUCAGCUCUGCCAGCGCUGGCGCGUGCCGCAGGAGAUUGGCAACGAUGUCGCCAAGCUCGGCCUCUUUGAUGUUGUUCUGUACAUCGACGACAGCGGCUCCAUGGCGUUCGAGGAGAACGGUGAGCGUAUCAAGGAUCUGCAGAUCAUCCUCGAGCGCGUCGCCUUUGCGGCCACUCUCUUCGAUGACGACGGCAUUUCCGUCCGUUUCAUGAACUCGCUGCCUCCUCCGCAGGUCACGGAGCACAUCAAGAACGACCAACAGAUUCAGAUGCUCAUGAGCCAGAUCCAAUUCAAGGGUCUUACUCCCAUGGGCACGCACCUUAAGGAGCGUGUCUUGGACGAGAUUCUCCGCAACGCGCGCGGUGGUCAGCUCCGCAAGCCUGUUCUCGUCAUCACCAUCACCGACGGUCAGCCCGCCGGUGAGCCCCAGAAUGCCGUCUUUGAGGCCAUUAAGACCACCACGUCCGAGUUGGCCCGCAUCCCUCAGGUUGGCCCUGGUGCCGUCCAGUUCCAGUUCGCGCAAGUCGGCAACGACGAGAAGGCGCGUGAGUUCUUGUCCAAGCUUGACCAGGACCCGCAGGUCGGCAACUUGGUCGACUGCACUUCCAACUACGAGAACGAGUCCGCCGAAAUGGCUCGCGCCAACCCGCCUGUGGACCUGACUCCCGAUCUCUGGCUCGUCAAGCUCCUGCUCGGUGCCAUUGAUUCGUCCUACGACCGCAAGGACGAAAAGGCCGGUGCAGGUGGCCCGCCUGGUGGACCGGGCGGCUAUGGCGCUCCUCCUCCGGGUCAGUACGGCGCACCCCCGGGCGGAUUCGGUGGCCCUCCUCCCGGCCAGUACGGCGCGCCUCAGGGCGGUUUUGGCGGUCCGCCUCCGGGCCAGUUCGGCGGCCCCCCGCCCGGCCAGUACGGUGCUCCGCAGGGUGGACCUCCGGGUUACGGCAGGCCGCCGCAGCAGGGAGGCUACCCGCCCCAGGGAGGUCCCCCUCAGGGCGGCGGAUACGGCCGCUACUAG